AUGGCGACCCUCAAGGUGACGGUGCAUGAGGCGCGGGACCUUCCCGUCAUGGACCGCACCACCGGCCUCGCGGACCCGUACGUCGUCGUUAGGUUGGACGACGCCGAGCACACCACAGAGAUUGUGCACAUGUCACGACAUCCGGUGUGGAACACGGACUUCCGCAUUGACACCUCCGAUCUAUUUGUUCUGCAGGAAGACCCACUGGAGGUGCGUCUCUACGAUCAUGACAUCAUCAGCCGCGAUGACCUUGUCGGACUUACAUUUAUCGACUGCAACUCGAUGGUGCUGCAGAGCAGCCCUUGCAUGAGUGGCUGGUUUCCGCUUUUUGAUACUGUUGAAAAGGGUAUUCGUGGUGAAAUUCGGCUCACGUUGAAAAUAAAGUUUCAUAACGCAGAAAAUCCCCUUGCGCCAGGAAUUCCAACACGUUACGUCCCGCCUUUAACAACACUGGAUGCCGAUCAUGCAACCCGUGCGGAGGAUCAACUGCUGUCCCAGAAUCUGCCGCCGGAGAGGCAUCUCUUGGAAGCUUUUGAGCCGCUGCGGCCCCCGCAGAUGCAGCACCCUUCCAUCACUGCUGAUGAGGAAGGCAUUCUCAUUUUCUCGGCGUGGCGUUUAGACCCUUCCGUGUAUCGCGUUGAGUCGGUGCUCAUGAUGGUGGAGGAGCUCAUUGUGAAGGCGGACCCGGGGCACUCGAAGUUGACCAACCUGCGCAGCACUCGCAGCACAAACGAGGCGCGUAUCGUUCAACUCUACAAACUCAGUGGAAAGGUACGACGACAGUUGACUCGUAAAGUUGUGGAGGUACAGUGCAACGCGGUGCUUGGGUACACCGAGGAGUUUGACAUGGAUGCAAACGGCAUUAUUGUCCGGGGUUACGGCACACCGUGCGUCGUCUCUGCCGUCAAGUUUGUCGAUCGCGAGAAGACGGAGUCCUGCCUGCCAAUUAGCGCACUGGCGGCGGUGAACCCAACGGAGGCGUCCUCCGGUUACCUCACUCCAGCACUCGCCGCAUCCAACGUGCAGCUGCCUGUGCCAGUCGCGGAAACGGUGGGCGGCGUUACGGCGGCGGUGGGGGAGACACAGGGAUCCGGGGCAGCCGCUGGCGUCCCGCCAGUUCUCGUGAUGCAGCGCCCCUCAGCGGCGGGACCUGCGUCACUGUCUCCUUCAUUUGCAGAAACCCCGACUGCCACGCAAACGGCGUUUAACAACUCCACACAGCCUCCUCCGUCUUUCCCACCCGCUGCUCAGCCGCAAUUUGUUGCGAUGCCUCAUGAUGGUCAUUCAGCAAUUAUUCCAAAACCCGAUUAUGGAGCUCCAGGUUUACCUCCGCAGCAACCAGCCACAGGAACACGUGCCAAUGUGCUCAUGUUGACCGUCAAGGAUCUUCCCUCAGGUAUGAUAGAGCAUAUUGGAGGGUACAUUAGUGCACGGUCCGUAAAAAUUGUGGCCAAACUGAAAACCAAGCUAAGGCUCUCCCUGCAGCUUGAUACGUGGUGGAUGGAGUUGCGAGAUGAGCUCAAGGCGAAUGCGCGCGCCUUUAAUUGCAACGUCAUCUUAGGGUACGAGGAGGUUGUCAUGUACCACGAGGAUGUGGCGGUGUUGUCGCUCUCUGGAACCGCAGUGGUGCUAAAUUCAACGAUGCAUCCACUGCGUUGUGGUCCGGAGUAUCUUUACCAAACCGCCCGAGGACGCUUUAGCACACAUAAAAACUGUUCUGCGCUACACUUAUUUCAUUCCAAUUUGCGCUUAACAGACAUGGUUGGAGAAAUGGAAUUGGUUGCGGUGUGUAAUAUCUGUCAUCGCAACUCCGUGCCCGAGGUGCUGCUUGUGACGUGUGCCAUGCCGCAGGAUCUCACCUGGGAGGAGCCACCUAGGCUCGUGCAUGCCGUUGUGUCCAAGGCAAAAAGCGACGUCCGCGGGGUGGAUCUCGCCCUCGCUGUUUCACAGGCACUUCCCUACAUUGAGUACUCAUUGCACAAGCAGCUUCUCUUUCAUCUGAAGUUGCAGAAGUUAAACGCCGUCUUUGGGCUUCGACUUACUCUUUGCAUUGCCUCCGACACGAUCAUCGGUGCACUUACCGGCACUGGUGUUCGUCUGAUGGCUCUUCCAGUGCCAUCGUCACCGCGAUUGAAAGUUCUAGACAAGGCAAUAAAACGCAAUAAAACUGUCAUGCGUUUAGUGGACCUCGUGGCGCAGCGCAUUCGAUUAGGGCGAGCGCAACGUCAUAACUCCCCUUCAUAUGGUGAGGAGCAUGAGUCCCUUUCCUCAUCCACCUCAUCCUUGGCAAAUAGAAUGGAAGACUCCCCUGCAUCUCUGCCGGGGAUCGGUGGUGAAUCUGGCUGCGACUCGGAAAGUGAUCAAGGGUCCCAUGGCUUUGGUAGGGUGGGGAGCGCGCAUGAUUACGUGCUUAACAUCGAUGACGAGGAAGAGGCGGAGAUGAUGCUUGAUAUGAGUGCCGAUUUACCCUUUGAAGACAGUCUACUACUCACAGUACCGUAUGUGCCGGAAUGGGUCAAUAUCUACGGUUCUCAGCAGCGCAUUGUGUUAAAUCGUCGAUUUGCAUUUCAGCGAAUACAGAAUGCUUCUUUUACCACGAGUAAAAUAAAGGAGUGUUUUGCAGACGCCAAAAAGGCCUUUGUGCAGCUUGCCUGCCGUGUGGCAAUGCGGUGUCAGCAUUGCCCAUUGGAACGUUUGCAUGUGAUGGGGUUUAGCUUUGAUUUCUUUUUUGAACCCAACUCCUGUUCAUUGCAGCUGCGAUUGGAGGGCUGUCUUAUGCUGCGCACCACCUCCCAGCGAAGGCGGUUGAUGGAGCUAGAGGACAGAUCUUUUACGGAAUGUAAACGGCGCGUGGAGUGGUACACGCAUCCUGUGCCGCUUGCUUACGGCAGUGUCAAUGGGUCAACAGAUUUGCCGCCACCGCCAGUGGACACCAACACAAUGCCUCGUGAAUCGCUCUGCAGCGCUCCCACCCAAGAUGGGAGCAGCAAUACAGCCUUGGGGACUUUUGGCCAUGGUGAAAAAGCCAUCUUGCGAGACCUUGAAAGGAGUAUCUUUGUUACUAGCAAUGCACCGUAUGCACUUCCUUUUGUAUUUAAACGGAAUGUGUCGCCUCCUUUUUUAUGGGGAAAUGAAGGUACGAAUGCCACACCGUUUACCGUGCCUGAUGUGGGUAGUUACAGUAAGGACAAUCGAGCCCGUCCUGGAAUGCUGGGGCGGCAAUGGCAAGCACUAAACUUGCUUGUCUCGACAGCUAUUCGUAAUUUGAAACAGAAAACCGGUGUGACGUCUGAUGGUAAAGGGGGUGUUGAUGCCCGUCAUCGCGACAGCGUCAAUGCACUGGAGUCUGUAGGCGGCGGUGGUCCUAUGUUGCAUCAGCCGGUGCGGCGACUUCCUGUGGAGCUGAAGAUGCUGGGAGCGAACGCUUCUGGGGUUAUUUUUACUCCGUUAGAUUUUGUAGCGGGGAGGGCCAUUGCGAGGUAUGUGGGCCGCCUUUCCCAGCACUUUAUUCGUGAAGCCUAUGAAAUAGAGUCUAACGAGGAAAUUGGUGGCUUUUUUCAGCAAACGGAGUUUGAAAUCCAAUGCAUGGUGCAGGCAAUGGUGUGCCUCAUGGGAGGAAACGCCUUACUAAAGCAUCGUGUGACAUAUCAUGAGGUGUGGGAUUCCGACGGCUCGGAGUCUGCCUCUGUGUUUGUCACAGUGACGGGGGAUGUGGUGCAGACAAGCUCGCUUCCUUUAGUGCCCCUGCUUUCGGAUAAUGGUGAUACUUCUGAGGAAUGA